GGGAGAGAGAGAGAGAGUUUGUUGAAGAAGAGACACAUAGACAGAGAGGUCAGGGACAAAGACGCUUCUUUUGCUUUUUUCCUUGACUUCCUUUUAAAAAAGCAAAACCCAGAAGCCAUUAAUCCUCAGGUUCUUCUUCUUCUUCUUCUCAUUUCGCAUUUCACAUUUUCUCUGCACUUUCUUCCGUCUAUACAUUUGCUGUCCUCAAGUUGCUAGAGGAAUCUUUGAGCAUGCAGCAGUGUUAGCAGAGCUAUAUAUAAUUUAGAAUCUACAUUAAACCAAUGACGAAGAUAAGUCCUGAAUUUGAAGAAAAUAUGCCGGCAGAAGUAAUUCUUCCUGUCUCAGCUGAUGUGAGCUUUGCCUGUAACCAUUUCCCAAAAUAUAAAUUAGGCCCCGAUAAUCAAAUUUUGGAUGAGCCUAAGGAGGACAACAAGGGUCCAUCCUUAAAGGAGGUUGUUGAACGGGAAACUUCUCAGCUGUCAGAGCAGCAUAAGCGCCUCUCAGUUCGUGAUCUUGCCAGUAAAUUUGACAAGAACCUGUCUGCGGCUGCUAAGUUAGCUGAUGAGGCAAAGCUUAGAGAAGUUGCCUCUUUGGAAGGGCAUGUUCUUUUAAAGAAGCUGAGAGAUGCAUUAGAAUCUUUAAGAGGCCGUAUGGCAGGACGACACAAGGAAGAUGUGGAGCAAGCUAUCUCUAUGGUGGAAGCUCUAGCAGUUAAGCUUACUCAAAAAGAAGGAGAACUAAUUCAAGAGAAGUUUGAAGUGAAAAAGCUAGCAAACUUUCUCAAACAGGCAUCUGAAGACGCUAAAAAGUUGGUUAACCAAGAAAAAUCCUUUGCUUGUGCUGAAAUUGAAAGUGCUAGAGGAGUGGUGCAGAGGUUUGGGGAGGCUUUAGAAGAAGAAGAAAGGAUUUGCGAAAAUUCCAAAAACCAGGCUCCCGUUGUUCAGGAACUGAUUGAGGAGGUUCAGGAGGGUAGAAGGAUUAAAUUGAUGCAUCAGCCAAAUAAGAUGAUAGAUAUGGAACAUGAACUUCGUGCUUUAAGAACUCAGAUUCGUGAGAAAUCUAUAUUUUCUGUUAAGCUUCAGAAAGAGCUUGCAAUAAGUAAGAGAGAAGAGGAAAACAAAUCCAGGUUAUAUAUGUUAGAUGGUUCUGAAUCACUAGGUUCUUGUCUACGACUACGGCCUUGCUCAGAUAGAGCUACACUGCUUUCAAAGUGUUCAUUUCAGUGGUAUCGAAUAUCAUCUGAAGGCAGCCAAAAGGAAGUUAUUGCAGGUGCCAACAAAUCAGCUUAUGCUCCUGAACCCAUUGAUGUGGGACGAAUGUUAGAAGUUGAGAUAAUCUCGAAUGGCCAAAAAGUAACUGUGACAACUGCUGGCCCAAUUGAUCCUGCUGCAGGUUUGGGAAGCUACGUGGAGACACUAUUGCGAAAGUCUAACUCUGAAUUUAAUGUAGUUAUAUCCCAAGUGAAUGGACAAGAUCAUCCUUCACGUUCCGUUCAUGUACUUAAUGUGGGGAAAAUGAGGAUAAAGCUCUGUAGAGGGUGGAUCACAAAAGCUAGAGAAAUUUAUUCUAUGUCAAUGCAGCUAUGUGGAGUUAGAGCGGAAAGCACUGCUGCAGCCAAGCAACUGUUUUGGCAAGCGAGGAAAGGGCUAUCAUAUGUUUUAACAUUUGAUUCAGAGCGAGAAAGGAAUGCAGCUAUAAUUGUUUCAAGGAAAUAUGCUCAAGAUUUCAAUGUGAUUCUUGCUGGACCAGAUGAUUGAGCAUAGAAGAUAACUGAAACUGACCGAGUUUUUCUAAUACCGCGAGGGAGAUGAUAUGCAUGUGUGUGUGCAUGGUGUGAUGAUUUUCUAAUAUUCAGGUCUCUACUAAUAUGUGGUUUUCUGGUGUUAGGCAUCGUUUUUUGUUUGCCUAAUAGGUCUGUUGUAACAAGUUGAUGAAAUUUUAAUGGAUUGGUUCUCUUGUGGCUGAUACUGUAAUGCAGACGCAGUUAUGUUAAUCAAGUCCCCCUUAUUGUCUA